AUGAAAGACGACAGCAACAUCCUUCAGCCAGACGUGGAAGCUGGAAUAGCCUACUGGGCCAGUCAACCGCCCAGCUACGAUGGCGUACUCGGCGGCUUUGGCAACGGCUCACUGCCUAGAAUUGACGCUCUAGGAUCGCGACAAUUCCUACUCUAUCUAAUGCCCGAACUCAGCACUGUCUCAUCUCCCAUUCGUCCUCUGGCGUCACCUCACAGCAUUCAUGGGUAUAGAACUAGGGCCUUAGAUGUUGGUGCUGGUGUCGGGCGGGUUACAGCAGACGUUCUCUUGCACCUCGUUUCUGAUGUGGUCCUUGUGGAACCGGUCGAUAGCCUCGUCAAUGAGGCAUGGGCGCGCGGCAAAGCCAGUGAGACAGGAAUUUUGGAUGUCGAUGCGCAAGCACGGUGGAAAGGCAUUUUGGAGGAGAAUAAGAGCGUCACUUUUGUCAAGGAUACGCUUCAAGACGUCAACCCGUCUCGUCCUGUAAAUCCCGCCAAAUUGCUUGGUCGUGUAGGAUAUGUUCCUCCUACGGAUGCCAUGGAGUCUCUCUUCGACAUCAUAUGGUGCCAGUGGUGCCUAGGGUCGCUAAGUGACUCCGACCUUAUUGAAUUUUUACGGCGCAGUCACUAUGCCUUACGGAAUCCCCAGAAGAGUCUGAUAGUAGUGAAAGAAAAUUGUUGUCCUGAUACGGAAGACGGUCGUCCGAGUACGACAUUCGACGAGACCGAUUCAAGCUUGACAAGGUGGAUAUUUCUAUUUGUCUUCCGAUUGUUGUGCUUCAACUAUUCAUAA